ACGUUGUCCGACUUGGUGGCAACCCAUUAUGUCUGGCUUCAAAGAAAAUACAUGUAACAUGUUAUAUAUAAUGUGGACAUAAUUAUAUUACUCAAUUAGACCUUAAGAACACACAAAGGUCUGCAUCAGAGAAAAAGAGAGAUUGAUAAUGGCUGGAGCAAUGUCGAAUGUAUUGUUCAUAGUUGCAGUAGCAAUAAUAAUGGUAUCGAAUGGUGUUGUUGCGGAAACACACAUUGUGGGAGAUAAGAGUGGAUGGACUGUACCAUCUCCAGCAACUUUAUAUAGCACCUGGGCUGCCAAACAAGACUUUGCUAUUGGUGACAUUUUAGAUUUCCAAUUUUCUGCUCCUCAUAAUGUGGCUGAGGUAUCAAAGGAAGGUUAUGAAGCAUGUGAUCCAGGGAAUGCCGAGGUUUUCGCCAUUGGCCCGAAAGAGAUAACUCUCAACACAACAGGACCACACUACUUCGUAUGCACCUUUGCUUCUCAUUGUGUUGGUGGUCAGAAACUUGUUGUAACGGUUGGCAGCACCUCUGACUCAUCGGAUGCUUCUCCUGGUCCCACCACUACCGCCUCUCCGAGCCCUGCACCGUCAGUGGCACCACCACCGCCUUCCGACGUAGGGUCCUCACCACCUUUGUCUAUUACUUCCACCUUCUUCUCUGUUUCCUUCAUUGCCUCUAUUAUGGCUAUAUUAUUUUAAGCAUGAUCACCCCUUUUUUUUUUAUGGCAGCAUGAUCACCCCUAAACGUGUAUUAUUCUGAUUACUAUUUUGUUGUAUUUUAUUUAUUGCUAUUAUUUUUUUCACAAAAUGUCAAAGACUAUUAUUAAAUUUUGUUAUCAUGGUGGUUUUUGUUAAAUGUGAACGAUGGAUUGGCAUUUCUUUUCCAUGUAACAUUUAUCGGUUAUAUUAUUGAGUCUUUUCAAGGGUAUACAUUAUAU